AUGGCUGGUGUGAGUCCCCUCGCGGAGCUCUUGGGGCAGGCGAUCUACCAGUUCACGGUUAUCAAGCCCCUGCUGCCAACGUAUGGGCAUCUUCUUCUUUCUGCGCUAUUUCCGAUUGUUAUUGGAGCCCAUGCAUCGCUUGCAAGGCCUAAUACAGCUGCAAAGCCCCCCAAAAAGUCCGGUAGUGGGCUUGCAGAUGAGUCAGAGGAUGAGAACGAGGAGGAUGAAGACCAGGAUGAAGACCAGAAAAUGGAAGGACUGGCACCAAGUGAUGCCCUCAUAUUUCCAUUGACUGCUGGACUUACCCUUAGCGGUUUGUAUUUAGUGAUCAAGUGGAUGGGAGCCGACACCCUGAAUAAGAUUCUCGGGUUUUAUUUCUCCCAGAUGGGAAUAUUCUUUGCCAUGGCGUUUGUGAAAGACUGCCUUUCGGUUUGGAGGUCUUUUAUCUUCCCCCGCAAGUACUCAAGUGGCGGUAAUAUUUGGAAACAAAAGCCAUCGAACCGUACUUUUAUCAUUACCCAAGACUGCAGUAGCCAAGAGCCCGCUGAAGUGCGAAAGUCUCCUCUCCCGGGCAGUCUGGCGUUAAUACCAUUGCCUAGCUUUGUUGUAGCGACACUUUGGGCUUGCCGCAGCGCUCUCUACUGGAGGGCAAAACUCCGCGUCCAUAUCCACCGUGCUUUCCACGCUGAAUGCUCCGUUGGCACCCUGGAUCUCUUGAGUGGCUUGCUCUCAUUGCCGACAGUUGCCUACUUUACUUUCAUCUCGAAGCCCUGGUGGUUAACCAACUUUCUGGGCUUUAGCUUUUGCUACGGCACGCUUCAAUUCAUGUCACCAUCCACCUUCCUUACAGGGUCGCUCAUAUUGACUUCUCUGUUCUUCUACGACAUCUACUUUGUUUAUUUCACCCCGUUAAUGGUGACGGUCGCAAAAAAAUUAGAUGUCCCAAUUAAACUAUUAUUCCCUCGUCCGUCUGCCCCUGGGGAAGCUCCUGACACGAUUUCCUUGGCUAUGCUAGGCUUGGGUGACAUUAUCAUCCCGGGUAUGAUGGUGGGACUGGCGCUUCGAUUUGACUUGUACCUCUACUAUAAGUGGAAGGGCGUACAAAAAGCAAAAGUACAGGGUGAAGCUUCCGAAUUUGUCAAACCAGUUUACCAGACCGCAACGGGAGGAUGGGGAGAGCGCUUCUGGACACAGUCGCCCUCGUUGGGUAGACUAGAACUGGACCCCCCAUAUCACGAUGCUCGUUCGUUCCCCAAAACAUACUUCAAAGCCAGCAUCGUUGGAUACACGCUGGGAAUGAUUGCAACUCUUGUUGUUAUGCAGAUAUUCGACCACCCUCAACCGGCGCUCUUGUACUUGGUGCCAGGAGUACUGAUUGCCUUAUGGGGAACCGCCUUUUUUAAGAACCAGAUCAACGACAUGUGGGAAUUCACUGACUCUGAGGAGGAAGCUGAAGAAUCUUCUGAAGAAGACCACAAGGAAAAUGACGAACAGGCGCAUUCUUCAGACCAGAAACCUGGUUUCUUUUCCCGCAUUUUCUUCCGACCUAACGAAACCACGCCCACCCAAAAUGCCCAGAAGGGUACCGAUAAUGGAAGCACGAGGUCCGAAUUGGAUGAUAAGGAUAAGCCUAUUUCCGACCACCUCGAUCUUGUCUCGAUUUCGCUUUACGUCCCUCGAAAGACAAAGCCACAAAAGCCACAAACUCAGACCGACAAUAAGGACACUUCGUCGGAUGGGGAAAGCUGGUCUUAUGUCGGUGCCGCAGAUAAAGGCAACGAGCCCCCUGCCAAAAGACGUCGACGGAGUCCUAGAACGACAGCUGCGAUUUCUGACUGAAGAUUUUAAUCAUAUUGGGGGUGGUGGAAGAUACUUUUUGAAAGCGUAGGGGGCGUUAGGUGGUGUUUACCGGAAUCUUUAUCAUGUAUAGUAGUAGUAGAUCAACGGAGGCAAGGUUGUGCAUAAAUUUAAGACUGGUAUCAUCCAGUAUAAAAU